AUGGUCAAGGCCGUUGUUGCUGGCGCCUCUGGCGGUAUUGGACAGCCUCUGUCCCUCCUCCUUAAGCUUUCUCCUCUUGUCGACGAGCUUGCUCUCUACGAUGUUGUGAACACCCCCGGUGUUGCCGCCGACCUUUCUCACAUCUCAUCCGUCGCGAAGACCACCGGCUACCUGCCAAAGGAUGACGGCGCAAAGGCCGCCUUCAAGGAUGCCGACAUCAUUGUAAUCCCGGCCGGAAUUCCCCGCAAACCCGGCAUGACUCGCGAUGACCUCUUCAACAUCAACGCCGGUAUUGUCAAGGGCCUGAUCGAGGUCGCCGCCGAGGUCGCCCCCAAGGCGUUUAUCCUCGUCAUUUCCAACCCCGUUAACUCAACCGUCCCCAUUUCCGCCGAGGUCCUCAAGGCCAAGGGUGUCUUCAACCCCCAGCGCCUCUUUGGUGUCACCACCCUCGACAUCGUCAGAGCCGAGACCUUCGUUGCCGAGAUUGCGGGCAAGUCCAAGCCCCAUGAGCUGAACGUUCCAGUCAUCGGCGGUCACUCCGGCGAGACCAUCGUCCCCCUGUUCAGCCAGGUCCAGCCCUCUGUCUCCAUCCCUGACGACAAGUACGACGCUCUCGUCAACCGCGUUCAGUUCGGUGGUGACGAGGUUGUCAAGGCCAAGGACGGUGCUGGUUCCGCCACCCUCUCCAUGGCCUAUGCCGGUUUCAGAUUCGCCGAGAAGGUUCUCAAGGCCGUCAAGGGCGAGAAGGGUCUUGUUGAGCCUAGCUACGUCUACCUGCCCGGCGUGCCCGGUGGCAAGGAGAUCGCCGAGAAGACAGGCGUCGACUUCUUCUCCGUUCCCAUCGAGCUUGGCCCCAACGGUGCCGAGAAGGCCGUUGACAUCCUCGGCAACAUCACGGAGAAGGAAAAGAAGCUGUUGGAGGCCGCUGUUGCGGGACUGAAGGGCAACAUCAAGAAGGGUGUCGACUUUGCUCACAACCCCCCUCAAAAGUGA